AGUGUUCAAUAGAGUGUCCGUCAGUAAAGACGUCGAUUUAGAAAUUACAAUGUUUUUGAGCUGAUACGAGAUGAUGUUAAUCCUGAUAUGGCUUUUGGUGCUGAUAGCAACAUUGACAAUAUACUUCUGGAAGAGGUACUCAAGGUUUUCCGAGUAUGGAGUGAAACACUUCAGUCCAGUCCCAUUGCUUGGCAACAUGACGGCCAUCGUGUUCCGUUUUAACCACUUUACCGAUCAAAUUCAGAGUCUCUAUGACGCAUUCCCUGAUCAGAGCUUUGUUGGAUGGUACGAGUUCAUGAAACCAAUGAUAAUGAUAAAAAACAUUGAACUUAUCAAGAAAGUUACCAUCAAAGACUUUGAACAUUUCCUGGACCACAGGACCAUAGUCGAUGAGAAGAUCGACCCCUUCUUUGGGAGGAACUUAUUUUCGUUGAAAGGUCAAGAAUGGAAAGACAUGCGAUCAACUCUUAGUCCAGCUUUCACCAGCUCCAAAAUGCGCCUGAUUGUGCCAUUCAUGGUAGAAGUGGGCCACCAAAUGGUAGAAACAUUAAUAAUGAAGAUCCAACAAUCAAACACACAUUAUAUUGAUAUGGACUCCAAAGACCUUACUACUCGAUACGCAAACGAUGUGAUCGCUACUUGUGCUUUCGGAUUAAAGGUUGAUUCUUUGAGGGAAAAAAAUAAUGAUUUCUAUAAGAUGGGAAAAGAGGCUUCCGAUUUCAAUAUACGAAAGUUCAUUCUAUUCUUCGCUGCGAACAGCUUCCCAAAAGUCAUGAAGUUCUUGAAUAUCCAGAUAUUCAAGGAUAUCACAAAAAAGUUUUUCAAGCAUAUUGUAAUAAGUACCAUUACCGAACGAGAGUCCCAGAACAUCAUUAGACCGGAUAUGAUCCAUUUUCUUAUGGAAGCCAAAAAAGGAAAGCUACUUCAUGAAGAGAAAGUCACAAGUAAUUACGAUACUGGCUUCUCUGCUGUAGAAGAAUCAAAUAUAGGAAUGAAAAAAGUUGAUAAAGUGUGGAGCGAUGAUGAUUUAGUAGCACAAGCGAUAUUAUUCUUCAUCGCCGGCUUCGAGACCGUCUCAUCAGCUAUGUCGUUCACACUACAUGAACUGGCAAUAAAUCCUGACGUCCAAGAUAAGUUAGUCGCUGAGAUCAGAGAGAAUGAGAAAAGGAAUGGUGGUAAAUUUGACUACAACUCCAUCCAGAAUAUGGUCUAUAUGGACAUGGUAAUAUCAGAGGUAUUAAGACUUUGGCCACCAACACUAGUAUUAGACAGGGUCUGCAAUAAGGUUUACAACAUUGGGAAAGCUGAAGAUAGCUGUGAUAAGGAGUACAUAAUUCGUAAAGGCGAAGGCGUGACUAUCCCCGUUUGGAGCAUCCACCGCAAUCCAAACUACUAUCCUGAUCCCCAUAAGUUUAAUCCUGAAAGGUUCUCAGAGAAAAACAAACACAAGAUCCAAUCUUUUACAUAUUUACCAUUCGGAAUUGGACCUAGAAAUUGUAUUGGUUCAAGAUUCGCGUUAUGCGAGAUCAAGGUGAUGUUGUAUCAACUGUUGAAGCUGAUCGAGAUAACUCCAAACGAUAGGACCGUAAUCCCGGUGAAACUCUGCAAACAAUCAUUCAACCUCAGUAUAAAGGGAGGUCACUGGGUGAGAAUGAAGAUAAGGCAAUAGACGAAGAAUAUCAUCAAUAAGAAUUAAAUGAAUUUACCAAUAAAAAUAUAAGAUUAGUAAUUGUUAAACAAUAAUAAGCGAUGAUAUCAAUGAAACUAUUAAUUAAAUAAUUCAUGUAUUUAUACAU